AUGACUUUCAGAGGUACCGUCGCUCUGGAAGAGGCGGUUAUUGACCCGGCAACAACUUGGAUUCUAAGUGAAUCUCAGCAUAUCCUGACUCCAGGAGAUGCGGGUAAAGCUGCGGUAGAAUCCCACAAGCAACGCUUGCUGGACAUCGACGGGCGAUUGGCUUCUAUGGACGCGGAAGGUGUAGAGUAUAUGCUGCUCUCAUUGACUGCGCCUGGCUGCCAGGGAAUCGCGGACCAGAAGCUGUCGGAACAAACUGCCACUGGAUUCAACAACUGGCUUGCUGGCGAGGUCGCCAAGAGGCCCUCUCACUUUGGCGGGAUGGCAGCUAUCUCAAUGCAUGAUCCUGCCCAGGCAGCCGGGGAAUUGAAAAGAGCCGUUCAGGAAUUGGGAUUCUUUGGAGCGAUGAUCAACGAUUUUCAAAGCGUGAAGGUCGGCGAGAAACAAUACUAUGAUACGGCAGCCUAUGACCCGUUUUGGAGAGUGGCAGAGGAGCUCGACGUACCAAUUUACUUGCAUCCUCGCUAUCCAGAACUCUCCGAUCUUCAGCCCGACACGAAAUAUGGAGCUCGUUUACAUUUACUUGGGGCAGGGGUUCAAUUCCACUUGGAUCUGUCUUUCCACAUCUAUGCCCUUUGCGCGUCCGGUGUUUUUGACCGCUUUCCUCGCUUGAAGCUUGUUGCCGGACACCUCGGCGAGAACAUUCCACUCAACCUCUGGCGAGCCUCGCACUGGUACAACAAGCCAAGCAAGAAGGCCACUCGUCCCUCACUGCAUGACUACAGCUACUACUUCCGGAAGAAUAUCUUCAUCACUACAUCGGGCAACUUUUCGACUCCUGGAUUAGAAUUCUGCAUCCAGGAGCUUGGAGUAGAAAGAUGUUUGUACUCGAUAGAUACACCAUAUGAUCAGGUCAAGGAAGCCCAGGAAUGGUGGCGGACGGUGGAAUUGAAAGAUAAUCACAAGGAAUUGGUGGGCAGGGAGAAUGCGAUUCGUCUGUUCAAGCUGCCGAUUCAGAUCUAA